AACCAUGCGACGUGCAUCUAUGAAGCGCCAGAACUAGAAUUAUAAAAUCAGUUGAUGAAAAACAUCUCUUUGCAGAUGAUAGAAAGGUGGGGAGAAAUUUGCAUACUUUUCUGUGACGUAGUUUUGCGUCAUGUUUCUAUUUUCGGCUGGUCAGCAAAGAUGUCAAGUGUCAUAAACGAUGGGUGUGCAAGCGAGUCGACCGUAUGCCUUGAAAGUUUCGCCCUGAGCAGGACUGCAGGAAAGCCAGGUUCUUUGGUGAUUCAGGCGUCUCACUUAAUAGCCAGCUGAUUCAACUGAUAUGAGAUGUAUAUUUACGACUUGCUGAUCUUUGUGGGUUGUUUGGUAUUAUAUGUACAAUGCAAAACAAUCUGCAAGAAAGACCAGUACACUGUUCUCAAUUCAGAUGGCAGUUUUAAGAGAUGUUUAAAUUGCCUAACCUGUCAUCCUGGUCGUGGAUUGGAUCCGCCUUGUGGCAGCCAUAUUCAAGAUCCACCUAACCCUGAUUGUGUAGCCUGUCCUGCAGGAAAAUUCUCUGACGAACUGGACUCAGCUCCUUGUCAUAGCUGUCAGAAGUGUGUAGCGUAUGAAAUCAUAACUGCACCUUGCACCAAUAGAUCGAACAGGAUUUGCAGUGGAACUUGUGAGGCAGGAUACUUCUAUUCCAAGAAAGAUUCUACUCAUAGCUGUCAAAAAUGUUCUUACUGUUGCUUUGAUGGCAAAGAUGAGGAGAUAUCAGAAUGUGCAAACCAAGGCUUGAAGGCUUCCAAGCAGUAUUGUCGCCCGAGGCCAGACAAGGAUUGUAGUCCUGGUUCAUCAGUGAUCUCACCUACCAUUCAUACAACUGGAACUGAGGCUUCAAGAAAUGGCAGUUCUAUUUCUGGAGGUGUGAUUGGAGGCGUGAUUGGCGGCGUGGGUUUUAUAUUUGUGGUAGUGAUUACAUUAUGUUUAUGGUGGUUACACCGAAAGAAGACAAGGGGAGUGUCAGGUGUGGAAGGGAAUACAUGUGAUGGAAAGACUGGAUUCAAGAAGCGCAGAACCUCAUUAAUAUCAAUAAAAGCGGAGGAGCUGGCCAUGGCGAUGCGUAAAUUGUCUGACAGAAGCAAUCCUCUUAUAGAAGAGGAGACAGAUGAGUCACAAGAGGCAAUGAAAAUAAUAGAGGAACCAUCAUCCCAGAAAAUAAAAGAAGGCUCGAAAGUGAAGCUGGUGUUUAAGUGCAAAGCUCGAGGAAACAGCAAACUGACCUAUCAGUGGUAUAAAGAUGGUGUAGUGUUACAGGGGAAAAAAGAGGGCACACUUGUCCUCAAAUCUGUUACAUUGCGUGACUUUGGCUUCUAUAAGUGUGUUGCUAGUUGUGAAGAUAGUUCCAGCGUUAGAGUAGAAUCAUUUUCUGCAGAACUGGAUGUUAUACCCCUUGAUGGAACAACAUACAAAUGUCUGAAAGAUGUUGACCUCGAUACUCAAGACCAGAUUGAAGACUUUCUCACCCAGAAAAGUUUCGGUUCCGGAGGGUGGAGGCAGAUCGCCUUCAAGUAUGAAAUGGAUCAGCUCAAAAUUAAGUCUCUAGAGAACGAUCCAGAGCCAGGCAAAAAAACACUGGAGUACCUUCGAACAAGCAACCCGGAUUUGAAGGUCUACGAUUUUUGUAAGACACUUAAAGAACAUAACAUAAGGCGUCUUGACAUUGUUAAAGAAUUACUGGGACAUCUUUCAGUUCCCAGUUCAUCAACUGCACACUUUUAGUCCCGAAAAGCUGUUCUCAAUUUGGCGGAUGGCGGAAACCGCUCGAUGGCGAAGUCAUCUUCUUGCCUUAGUAAAUUGGACAGUUUUCCUCAGAGCUAUAGUGUCCUGGUAAAGCCCUCCCAAGUAUUUUUAUUAUUAUUAUUAUUUUUAUUGUUGAAGGAAUUAUUCUGUAGUAAUUCAGCAACUCAGUGUAAAAAUUGUUUUACGCCUAGUAAGUCGUUUUGAAGCAGUGACUGUGCCAUCUUGCUCGUCAUGUUGACGUAUCGAUGUUGGCCCGUCGGGUUUGCCAUGGUUAACGUUUAUAGUUGUACAAAUUCAUAUUUCACGGAAAUAGCUGAGGAAAUUAUUUUUUACGUUUUAAACUUACUUUUAUUUCUUGAUUUGUAUAUCACGAUAAAAAGUGACAUAGCGGUUUUUUGCUAGAGAUUUUAGGAUCUUUUUACAAUUUGUUAUUACUUGUCGAUGUCGGCGAGUAGUGUAAUUCGAUAGACUAACAGUGGACCAAGAUUUCCAUUUUAGUCUUACGUGUGAUGCUGUUGAGAACCCUCUAAGGGUAUAUCAAGAGGUCCUACUUAUUAUGACCAAGAUCGUUUCACCGUUGGACCCGAAACAUAAAGAUAAGGGUCUGUUAGAACUGUUAAGACUUGACUUAUUAUAGCGACAAAUGUGUUAUUGAUGUGUUAAACACCUAAAAGACGAACCAUGUCUUGCAACUUUAAAACAUUUUGCCACCCAGAAACUAACGUACCUUCUGUUUGAAGAAAGCAAUCAUUUUAGCUCUAGGGAGGUUUGUAAUUAUAAACGUCUGUUAAAGUAAAUACCUUAAGAUUGUAGAAUACUGAGACAGGUUUUAAGACUAGAUAACUUAAUUUCUUUUCUUUAGCAGUGCUAAACCGGCAGAAAAUGCGUUUGAAGAUCUUCGUUUUAGUAAUAUUUACUAGGAAGCCAAAAUUUAGUCUUAUUACCCUUACAAGCUAACAUGCAUAUACUGUACAGUAACCAGUUGGUGUUUAGGGCUUGAAACACGAGCGAAAAAAUCUAACAGGUCUUUCAACCCACGUAUCACCAAAAGUUGUCAAAAUCAUAUUCACUUAAAACUUAUUGGUCAGGGUAAACAACAUGGGCAUUGAUCCCCGAUAACACUGAACUUGCCAUGUAGUGAAAAUCUCCGGAGUGGCAGAAGAAAAUUACAGAUUGAUGCCUAUAGAAACGAAGGAGUUUGAAAGUUGGUAUGCCGAAGUCUUCGUCUCAAGGGUUGAGAGGACUGUCCACACUUAAUUUUUGUUGUGCAUAAUAUGAGCUUUUUUUAUAGAAUGGGGCAGGAGAAAACUCGAACGUUUUUAGCUGAACAUAGUUGUGCGCGAAUGUGACAAACAUUCAAGAAUAUAGUAAAUGUCCACCAAAUAUUUGUAGCUGGUCUACAAAAAGCCUAAGGUGACAAGGCAAAGCACUGAUCAUGAGGAUAAUUGUAGAUUUUAUCAUAGAUUUAUUCACCUGUACUAAGAGUAUAGUUUAAGGAAUAGUGUAGAACAUAGAGUUAUUUUUGUGUGCAGACUGUAGCUGGUUUACAGUAUUAGAUAUUUUACACUUUAGAAAUGUUUUGAAAUUUGUAUUUGUCAUUGUAUAUAUGCCUAUGUAUUUUUACUACUGUGUGUACUGUGGCAAGGCAAAGCACUGUUCAGGAGGAUAAUUGUUGAUUUUAUCAUAGAUUUAUUCACCUGUACUAAGAGUAUAGUUUAAGGAAUAGUGUAGAACAUACAAAAUUAUUUUUGUACGCAGACUGUAGCUGGUUUACAGUAUUAGAUAUUUUACACUUUAGAAAUGUUUUAAAAUUUGUAUUUGUCAUUGUAUAUAUCUCUAUGUAUUUUUA